AUACGCAGUGUGAAUCCACAGAGUCUUUUUUUAGUCAUCACGUGUUUGUGAAACGCGUCCUGUAUAAAUUACUGAGUAUGGACAAGGACCGGAGUCACAUGACCGAGAGGAUACUAAAUCUCACCCUGCAGAUCAUCUACGUGUUGACUGGGGAGGAUUAUACAGUAGUGAAGAAGAUAUCCAGUGCCUCCAUCAGGGUGCCUCCACCUCAGUCACUGAUACAUGAUAGAGACAAUGACCAAAUGAUCCUGGAACUCACCAACAAGAUCAUUCAGCUGCCGACUGGAGAGGAGGAGACGUAUAUAGAGGAACACAGGGGUCUGUACAAGGACGUGAUGAUGGAGAAUCACCGGCCCCUCACAUCACUUGAUGGGCCCAGUAACAGAGAUACCCCAGAGAGAUGUCCCCGUCCUCUGUAUUCCCAGGAUUGUACAGAGGAGAAUCACAGGACCCCACAGGAGGAUCAGGGUGAAGAUCUGAUUGAUAAUAAGGCAGAAGAUAUAAAGAGAGAAGAAGAGACGUAUGUGACAGAUAAUAUUGCAGAAGAUACAGAGGGAGAAGAAGAGACGUAUGUGACUGAUAUAAAGGAAGAAUAUAUAGAGGGAGAAGAAGAGAUGUAUGUGAGGGGAGAUCAGCAGUGUAAGGAGGAGGAAAUCCCUACAGAUAUCAGCACAGCAGAUGGACAGAGAGGCAGGAAUACCUCGGAGGAACAUCUAACUUUGUUUCCAGAUUUGAAAUUAGAAGAGAACAUCUCAUGGUAUUCUGCAGCAGAAAACCCCAUUACCACAAUUAUACAUCCAGUACCUACCAGUGCAGAUAUAUCAUCUGAUCCCUCUAACCAUGAGGAGUGUCCCAUUAAUUCAGAUGUUGGUGCACAUAGGACAGCUUCUACAGAUGCUACAGUCUUUCCCGCUCUUGAUUUUGUUAAAUCCAGUAAUAAUCAGUCAGUCUUUGUUAGACAGGAGAAUCACACAAGUAAGACACAAUUUUCAUGCUCUGAGUGUGGGAAAUGUUUUAAAUAUAAAGCAAAUUUUGUUGAACAUCAGAGAAUUCACACAGGCGAGAAGCCAUUUCCAUGCUCUGAAUGUGGGAAAUGUUUUACACAGAAGUCGAAACUUGUUAUACAUAAGAGAAGUCACACAGGUGAGAAGCCAUUUUCAUGUUCUGUGUGUGGGAAAUGUUUUACCCAGAAAUCAGAUCUUGCUGCACAUCAGAGACGUCACACAGGUGAGAAGCCAUUUCCUUGUCCUGAGUGUGGAAAAUGUUUUACACAGAAAUCAGAUCUUGCUGCACAUCAGAGACGUCACACAGGUGAGAGGCCAUUUCCAUGUUCUGAGUGUGGGAAAUGUUUUACACAGAAAUCAGAUCUUGCUGCACAUCAGAGAUGUCACACAGGUGAGAGGCCAUUUCCAUGCUCUGAGUGUGGGAGAUGUUUUACACAGAAAUCAUAUCUUGUUAAACAUCGGAGAACUCACACAGGUGAGAGACCAUUUCCAUGCUUUAAGUGUGGGAAAUGUUUUACACGUAAAUCAGCUCUUGUUACACAUCAGAGUACUCACACAGGUGAGAGGCCAUUUCUGUGCUCUGAGUGUGGGAGAUGUUUUACACAGAAAUCAUAUCUUGUUAAACAUUGGAGAACUCACACAGGUGAGAAGCCAUUUCCAUGCUCUGAGUGUGGGAAAUGUUUUACACGUAAAUCAGCUCUUGUUACACAUCAGAGAAAGCACACAGGAGAGAGGCCAUUUCCAUGCUCUGAGUGUGGGAAAUGUUUUACACGUAAAUCAGUUCUUGUUACACAUCAGAGAAAUCACACAGGUGAGAAGCCAUUUCCAUGCUCUGAGUGUGGGAAAUGUUUUACACGUAAAUCAGCUCUUGUUACACAUCAGAGAAAUCACACAGGAGAGAGGCCAUUUCCGUGUUCUGAGUGUGGGAAAUGUUUUACACAGAAAUCAGAUCUUGCUGCACAUCAGAGAUGUCACACAGGUGAGAGGCCAUUUCCAUGCUCUGAGUGUGGGAGAUGUUUUACACAUAGAUCAGAUCUGGUUAGACAUCAGAGAAGUCACACAGAUGAGAGGCCAUAUCCAUGCUCUGAGUGUGGGAAAAGUUUUAUAUGUAAAUCACAUCUUGCUACACAUCAGAGAAGUCACACAGGUGAGAGGCCAUAUCCAUGCUCUGAGUGUGGGAAAUGUUACAUUCAGAAAUCAUAUCUUGUUAGACAUCAGAGCAGUCACACAGGUGAGAAACCAUUUCCAUGUUCUGAGUGCGGGAAAUGUUUUAGACAGAAAUCAUCUCUUAUUGCACAUCAGAGAAGUCACACAGGUGAGAAACCAUUUCCAUGUCCAGAGUGUGGGAAAUGUUUUGCACAGGCAAAGCAUCUUGCUCAACAUCAGAGAAGUCACACAGGUGAAAAGCAAUAUCUCUGCUCUGAGUGUGGAAAGUGUUUUACAUGUAAAGCACAUCUUUCUUUGCAUCAGAGAAGUCACACAGGUGAGAAACCAUUUCAAUGUACUGAGUGUGGGAAACGUUUUACAUGUACAUCACAUUUUUCUUUACAUCAGAAAAGUCACACAGGUGAGAGGCCAUUUACAUGUUCUGAGUGUGGGAAAGGGUUUUUUGCUACCUCAAAUCUGAAAAGACAUCAAAAGAUCCAUACAGGAGAGAAACCAUUUCCAUGCUCAGAGUGUGGGAAAUGUUUUACACACAAAACAGAUCUUGUUACACAUAAGAGAAGUCACACGGGUGAGAAGCCAUUUUCCUGCUCUGAGUGUGGACAAUGUUUUACCGUGUGCUCAAGUCUGAAAAGACAUCAGAAGAGCCAUACAGAACAGAAACCAUCUUCUGGCACCGACAGUGGGAACAUUUUCAGUCCUAAAUCAUAUGUGAAAAUAUAUAAAACAAGUCGUACAGGAGAAAAACUACAAUGUUGAUCUAAAAGUGAUAAAUGGAUUUACAUAAUCUCAGAAGAGUAUUGGAAAAGCUAUACAUGAGGGCCAUUUCAAAGUAACUAACGUUACAUAUAUAUUGUUUGUUAUGUAAUCAAUAUCGCAUAAUUUCUAAAUAGAUGGAAGAUGUAUAAAAUAUACUAUUACAAAUACAGGUUGAGUAUCCCUUAUCCAAAAUGCUUGGGACCAGAGGAAUUUUGGAUAUGGGAUUUUUCCGUAUUUUGGAAUAAUUGCAUACCAUAAUGAGAUAUCAUGGUGAUGGGACCUAAAUCUAAGCACAGAAUGCAUUUAUGUUACAUAUACACCUUAUACACACACAGCCUGAAGUCAAUUUUAGCCAAUAAUUUUUAUAACUUUGUGCAUUAAACAAAGUGUGUGUACAUCCACACAAUUCAUUUAUGUUUCAUAUACACCUUAUACACACAGCCUGAAGGUCAUUUAAUACAAUAUUUUUAAUAACUUGUGUAUUAAACAAAGUUUGUGUACAUUUACCCAUCAAAUAACAAAGGUUUCAGUAUUUCACUCUCACUCAAAAAAGUCCGUAUUUCGGAAUAUUUGGAUAUGGGAUACUCAACCUGUAUACUAUUACACUGUCUGCAAAACAGGAAUUCCACAAGUAACUGGCGUGUUUCUUACUAUAGAUCUAUCUUACAGUCAGAACCUGCUCUGCCAAAUAAUGAUCCAUACAAGUAACGAUACAGUGAUUAAAAACUUGUAAUCUAAGCGUCAAA